AUGUCUCCUCGUCUCUCCCGCCUAGGGCUGGAGAAGCUGCUGCUGCAGCAGCAGCAGCACCAGUGCAUUUACCCUUCCAGCUACCUGCCCCAGUACUACGGCAAAGACCGUUGCUGCUGCUGUGCUUGCACUGAAGCCGCUGCUGCUGCUGCUGCAGCAGGCCCUGCAGCAGCAUCAGCUGUGGCUGCUGCUGCUCCAAUCUGCCCGCAGCAGCAAAAGCCCGGCUGCCGCUGCGGCCGCUGCUCCCCGCUGCUGCCGCAACCAACGCAGCACACUGCUGCUGCUGCUGCAGCAGCACAGAUGCUGCAGCGGAUGCUGCAGCUGCGCAGCGCGAGCGAGCCCAGCCUGGGCUCUUCCGGGGCGAAGCCUACAGCAGCAGCAGCAGCAGCAGCAGCUUCUGCAGCAGCAGCAGCAGCAGCAGCAGCAACUGCUACGUGGCCCUUUCCCCCUGUGGCACCUUGGGAGGGCCCCAGCACUUAUAUUGACACAGGCGACAUAUGCCCUGGAGAGGACGGGCUGCUGCAGGCCGGCACAGGGUUUUGCCGUAUGAGCCCUGUGGCGUCGUUAGUGCGGCUCUUUCGUUACUUGCUGAAGGCGGUGGUUGGCUGCAGAGACUGCGAAGCUACUCUCGCCUACCCCUUUCUGCAGCAAAUUUGCAGAGGCAGCGCUCACCUCGCAAGCAUCAGCAACUUUUCGCAUGUGCUGCUGGGUUUGCUGAGGGUUUUCCUGCGCCAGAUAACUCCCCCAGGCCGCUCUGUCCACUUUUUUGCCUCUUUCACGCCCCUCUUGCACUCUUACCUGCAGACAUGCGCGGCGCAGCAGCAGUCUGCUCCUGACGUGCUGAAGGACCUGUGGAUAGAGUUUUCCUUGUUGGCUCCAGCAAGGCUAAAGCAUCUCCUGCCUCACAUGGGGUUUCUGGUAUAUCCGCUGCUGCGCUCGCUGCGGAGCUCCGAUGCGGACCUCUUGACCCUCAGCUUGAGGACAAUAGAGUUGUGGGUGGAACAUUUGCAUGCGGACUUUGUGUACCCCGUGCUGGCCUCCCAGGUCCAGCAGGGAGACCGGCAGCAGCGGCGGACGCUGCUACUGUCUGCUUUGCUGCAGCUGCUGCAGCCGCUGCCGCCCCCUGCGCCGACAGCGUCUUUGCUGCUGUCUCGCUACUUCAUAACAAGCAGCAGCAGCGGCAGCAGCAGCAGCAUCAUGCAGCAGCAGCAGCACGAAAAACAUGCAGAAAUGGUAAUAAAAAUUCUGGGGAAGUUGGGGGGCAAGAACAGAGCCUUUUUAAAAGAUGCAGCUGUCUGUACACCUGAGCCUUAUUUCAAGCCGGUUCUGAGCAUUGGCCUGCCCAUUGGUCUCUGCAGCAGCAGCAGCGGCAGCAGCAGCGGGAGCUACUGCGGCAGCGGCGGCCUGCUGGUGGCUGCGGAGCCGCUGCACCAGCUGCAGCAGCAGCAGCAGCAAGAGCAGCUUUCAAGCUUGGCAGCAGCAGCCUCUGCAGCGAACCGCAGCUACAGCAGCAGCAGCAGCAGCAGCAGCCAGAUUUGCUACGAGACGGUGCUGCAGCUGGGACUAGACCGCGUUGUGUCUCUCGUGCUGCAGCUGCUGCAGCACGCCGAUGCAGACAGAGCAGCAGCAAGCCUCUGCUACGCCUCUGAGCCGCUGCUCACUUCUGUGGGAUCUCGAAUUGCUGCUCAUCCCCAUCCGCAGCAGCCGCAGCAGCAGCAGCAGCAACAGCAGCAGCAAGCCGUCCGCGCUGUGAGGCGGGCCUUGGCGAUUAUUCGCAGCCGCAAAAACAGCAGCAGCAACGGCAGCAACAGCAGCAGCAGCGACUCUAGCAUGGCUGGUGCGGAGGAGCUUGAUGAGGGCCCGAGCAGCAGCAGCGCCGAAGAAGCAGCAGCAGAAGCAGAAGCAAAGACGGCCGAAAGCGAAGGGCUGCAGCUGCUGCAGGGGCUUUUUGCUGCUGAUGGUGCUGCUUCUCCUGGCUUGUGUCUUUCACUUUGUGAAAGCUGCGUGGCAGGAGACAUGCGCAACAGCGCGGGUCAGCUGCUGCAGCAGGUUGUGCUGCUGCUGCUGGACUUCGACUCUCCUCUUUCCCUCUACUGGCUGCUGCUGACGGCGCGCGCUGCUGCUGCAGCGCAGCAGCAGCAGCAAGUCGUCUACAUGCGCAGCAGCAGAAGCAGCAGCGUUGCGCCUGAGGCUAGGGGGCUCCCACUGCAGCCGCAGUCGGGUGGACAGCUGCCUGCUGCUGUUGCUGCUGCGCUGCAGCAGCAGCACCCCAACUUUUGCAGCGACCGCGUCGUGCCGACUGCUGCAGCAGCGCAGCAGCAACAGCUCUUGGUGCAGCAGGAGCUGCUGAUGCGGCAGCAGCAGCAGCAGUGGGACGGACUUGCUGCUGCUGCUGUUGCUUACCCGCUCGACAAACGCCGUGCUGCGCUGCGCACAAGAAGCCACAGAGAUGCUGAGCAGCUGCUGCUGCAGCAGCUGCUGCAGGCGUUGCUGCUGCUUGCAUGCGACGACGCGGUCUACGAGAGCCGCCAGCAGCAGCUGGCAGUCCUUGACCAGCGGUCCCUUUCAGCGGAGAAGGAGCAGCAGCCGCAGCAGCAGCAGCAGCAGCAGCAGCUGACCAGCAGCAGCUGCGCAGAGUUUGUCUACGGCCUGCUGCAGCACUGUGCCCUCAUCUUCGCUGCUCGUGUGGGGCCCGAAGAUGCCCCGUUUUUGUCAAACAGCGCCGCGCUUCACGAACUGGACGCAGCCUGCGUUGUCCGCGCGCUUAUUUGCUGCCUCAAAGUGGAAGCUUCCGCGCUGCUGCCGACGCUGCAUGCAGUGAGGGCUUUGGAGCGUUGCUGCAGCACUUUCAUCCAAGUGCAGCCGGGUUCUGCUGCAGCAGGCUGCAGCAGCAACUUGCUGCUGCUGUGCUGCGGCGACUUGGUGCGGCUUUGCUUCUCCCGCAGCAGCAGCGAAAGAGCAGCAGGCUGUUUGGCUUUAAUUCGUUUGCUGCGGGUGCUGCCGCCUGUUUGGAGCCGAAGGCACUUCCUCAGGAUUGCCCAGGCAGCUAUUAACUGCCUUAAAUGCGCAGAGGGAACAGACGCGCGGCUAAGUGCGUCGCUUGCUGAGGAGCUGCUGCUGCUGCUGGUGGCCCACAGCUGCUUGGGCUACAGGGGGAAGCUGCGGCUGCCGUGGCUGCUGCAGCUGUUUCAGCUAGUGGGAGGGCAGCAGCAGCUAUCUGCGCAGCAGCAGCAGCAACAGCAGCAGCACGAGCAGUAUCUGCGCCAAGAGCAGCACCACUCUCCUUUCUUACAUAGCGUCUUGGCCGCAGCAGAGGCUGAAGCGGCGCUGGGUGCUGCUGCUGCAGCAGCAGCAGCAGCAGCAGCAGAUCCAGUCACAGCAACAAUUGCUGCUGCUGGCGCUGCACCGCCAGCAGCAACUUGGAGCCUUCCACCCCCUGUGCCAGAAGACUUCCCGCUGCAGCAGCAGCAGCGGCGGCAGCCUUACGGCGGCGGCUCUUGGUGGCUGAAGCGCAGCGAGUUCAUUACUCUCCCACAGCAGCAGCAGCAGCAGCAGCAGCAGCAGCAAGGGUCGCCUUCGCGUGCCUCGGACGGCGGGGGUGGCGAUUCCUCCGCGUCAGCAGCAGCAGGGGCGCCCGCUGCAGCUGCUGCAGCAGCGGGCCCUCCUGCAGCAGGAAGCGCUACGGCAGCAGCAAGUGCUGCAGCAGCAGCAGGUGCUACAGCAGCAUCAAGUGCUGCAGUUGCAGAAUGCUCGCACGACGAAGACCCUGGCCGUCUGCUGCAGCGCGUGUGGCGCUGCUUAGACAUUCAUUUGCUGCCAACUCUUUUCCACCAAAACCCAAUCUGCAGGGAGACGGCGCAGCGGCUGCUGCUGCUGCUGCCAAUGCUGAUUGGCAGCAGCCCCACGGAGGUCCUGAGUCACAGCACUGCAGCAGCAGCAGCAUCAGCUGCGGGAGCAGGAGCAGCGGGGACACCAGCGGCGGCUGCUGCUGCCGACGCAAGCAGCAGCAGCUCCCGCUCGGCACAGACAGGCUCCAGGGCGGAGGAGGGCGAGCGCCAGCAGCAGCAGCAGCAGCUGCAGCAGCAGCAGCUACAGCAGCAGCAGCUGCAGCAGCAGCAGGAAGCAUCCACUGGGGGCAGCCCACGCGGCAGCAGUAGCAGCAGCAGCAGCAGCAGCAGCUGGCCGCUGCUGCGUGUGCUGCGCUGGGUAACACUCAGACACCUCUGGCUGCUGGCCCCUGUUUGGCAGUCUGCUUUUUUAGAUUGUGUCUGUUUUGUUGCUGCGCUGCGGCCAGCGCCGCGGGGUUUGCAGCCUGGGAAGGCUGCUGUUGCUGCUGUUGCUGCUGCUGCUGCAGCAGUCGCAGCAGCAGCGGCUGCCGAGCACCAGCAGCAACAGCAGCAGCAUCAUCAACAGCAAGGUGCACCUGGUGCUGCUUCCUCCCCUGCUGCCGGUGGUGCGACCGCCGCAACAGCAGCAGCAGCAGCAGCAGCUGCUGCUGCUGCUGCCAACGCAGCAGCAGCAGAUGGGCUCACUGUUAUUUGCUGGCUGCUUGAUGACACGCUGGCGGUGCUGUACCGGGGCCUACAGGGCUUUGCUGCUGCUGCUGCUACUGCUGCUGUGGCGCAAGCUGCUGCACUGGGCGGCGCAGCGGCAGCAGCAGCAGCAACAGGUGUGCAUCAGCAGCAGCAGCGAGAUGGCAACAGAACACCUCCUGCUGCUGCUGGUUCUCUCAGCAGCAGCGUGAGCACUCCCAGCCGCACACCCAGCGCUGCAGCAGGGGGCACGCCAAUGGCUGCAGCAGCAUCCGGAGGCACAGCAGCAGCAGCAGCAGCAGCAGCAGCAGCAGCACCGGCGAAGCAGCCGAAUGCAACAACAGGCGCCGUGCCACCGAUAUCUGUCGAGGCAGAUGUAUCAAAUGCGUUGCUGCUGGCGAUUCGGUUUUUAAAGCUCGCAGUGCUGCACGAGGACUGGAGGCCUUUGCUGCUGCUGCCGCGGCUGCCGCUGCAGCAGCUGCUGCACGCAGCGAGGAAGGAGCAGCAAUCUGCUGCAGGUCAAGCCCCUGGGUCAGCAGCAGGCCCCAACAGCAGCAGCAGUAGCUUGUUCAAUGCAACCGCAGCAGCAGGGGCUCUUGCUGCUGCAACAGCAGCAGAUGUCCCUUUCGUCAUCACCACCGCCGAUCCCUCUGCCCCUGCGUUGCAGCACUGCGUCGCAGGCAUUGCUAACUGUCUCUUUUUGCCAUUCCAUGACUUGUCUCGCGCUGCAAUGCAUGCGCUGAAGGUGCUGCUGAAGCACGAAAGCAACUGCAGCAGCAGCAGCAGCAGCGGGGAGAGCAGCGGCAGCAGCAGUAGCAGCAGCAGCCGGCUGGUUGCUGCUGCUCUGGAGGACAUCGUGUGGCCCGUCGUGGAGCAGCAGCUAGCUGCCGCGUUGGCAGCCACCGCAGCAGCAGCAGCACACCCUGCAGCAGCAGCAGCAGCAGCAGCAAACGAGCGCGUGGGCGCGGCGCUGCUGCCAAGAGAAAAGUUUCUUGUGGGGCUACUGCACGGGGUGUCUCGGCUGCUGCACAUACACCCCGGCGCCUGCGGGGGACAGGCCCAACAGGUGCUGCAGCAGCUGCUGCAGCACACUUUUGCUGUUGCUGCAGCAGAGGGCUGCUACUCGGCUGCAGUCGGCGCUUGCGGUAGCUCGCCCAGCAGCAGCAGCAGCAGCAGCAGCAGCACAGCAGCCGUCCGCUUCCUCCACAGCGCUGCGCCGGAAGGCAUUGCUGCCUCUUCGCAUGUCCUUGUUUGGCGCGCUGCUGCUGCUUGCAUCGCAGCUCUGGCAUUUAUGCCUGCUACAGACGGGCUGCAGCAGUUGCUGCUUUCGCUGCUGCUGCCACGCGGCUGCAGCAGCAGCGGCGAGGCGCAGCAGCAGCUGCUGCAGCGGCUGCUUGCGCUCCAGAGCCCCUUGUAUGCAGCACCGCUGAGCUCUUUGCUUAACAGGUUUGCUGCUGCUGCAGCAGAAGCUCUGCUGCGUCCUCUUCUCACGGAAUCUGGGCAGCAGCAGCUGCUGCAACAGCAGCAGCAGCAGCAGUACGUUCCCGAGUGCUGGGGCGUGAAGGAAGCCUUCCUUGAAGUACUGCUGCAGCAACUCGAGGUCACUUCAGCCAGGCCCCUCAGGCUAGCGGUGUUGCGGCUUCUGCCCGAAAUGAAAGCGGCGCUUCAUCUUGAGAUGAACUGCAGCAGCAGCAGCAGCAGCAGCAGCAGCAGCAGUCUGCGCUUCGCGGCAGUGGCAGUCAUUAAGGUCUGCUACGCACUGCAGCAGUCGCACCCGGAUCUGCUGUUUGUGGACUUCCUUCUGUCAUCGGGCGUGCAGCAGCAGCAGCAGCAGCAGCAGCACUCUUUGAUAGAAUUGCUUCGUCAGUACGUCGAUGCUGUUGCGGACGGCUCUCCCGUCCCGCAGCCGCAGGCCAUCGAAGCAGCAAAGGCAGCAGCAGCAGCAGCUGCUGCUGCUGCACCUGCCGCAGAGAAGGCUGCAGCAGCCGCCGCAGCAGCUCUAACUGCAGCAGAAGACUACCAGCUGCGAGAAGCAGAUAGGCCCGAGUUGCUGCUGCAGGCGAAGCAGCUCACAGCCUUCCUGCACUAUGCAGUGUCUCCGCAGCUGCAGGGAAAAACAGACGCAUACUUGCUAGGCUUCCUGCAGCAGCAGCAGCAGCAGCAGCAGCAGCAAGACCUGGAGGCCGAGGAAGUUGCGAUGCCCUCUGCUGUGUUUUGUGGGCUGCUGCGGCAGCAGCAGCAGCAGCUGCAGCAGCAGACACUCAGCACCAUCCGCACUCUUGCGCGCUGCUGCAGCAUCGGCAGCACAGUCUACCGCUUUGGAUUUGUGCCCCCGCUGCUGCAGCAGCAAAUCCUGCCUCAGCUGCUGCUGCGGCAGAAGCAGCGGCUGCUGAUGUCUUGCUUCGCGGAGCUUGAGGCAGCAGGUGCAGCAGCAGCAGCAGCAGCAGCUGGCGGCGGUGGUCAUGCUGCAGCAGCAGGUGCUGGCAGCGGCAGCGCGCCGAUGCUGCCAGUUAAAGCGCUGCAGCUCGCAAUGGUCAUAGAGCUUCUGGUGCAGCCAGUGCUGCGUGAGCUGCUGCAGCCCCAAAGCAGCAGCAGCAGUAGCAGCAGCAGCAACUCCGAGCAGCAGCAAGGGGGCGUGCUCUCUGCAGCAGACUCGAAGCUGCUGCUGCAGCUCCUCAGCGGGGCUGUUGUUAACCUCGAGCCAGUUUUGAAGUCCCAUGACUCCUUGUGCAUGGCCUUCUUGGAGACUGUGCGGGUGGCAGUGCGGCUGCUGGUGUACGACAGCAAGGCGAGGCAGCAACUUGUCUCCUUUGCAUGGCGCACGGCGUGUCAAGGUGACAGCAUAGCGGUGCAGCACAUGGCUGUGCUGCUGCUGUCUGAGGUGUCUAGACACUUGGAGCUGCAGCAGCAGCGGCUGCCGCUGCUGCUGCUGCACUCAGUUUUGUCUUGGCAAGCUUCUCCGCGGCCG